AAGACUGUAAAAUUUCAUCACUUUCAAAAUUGUAUAUGAGGGCGCUAUACUGAGAGACCGUAAACAUUUGAAAAGUUUGGGCCAUCGAUGGAAAUGCUCAGUGGACAAGGAUGAAUCAUGGAUAUAUGACGUACUUUAAUAGUACGGUACCGUAAACUGAAGAUCUUCGAUCUCAGAAAGCAAAGUUGGCACCCACCAUUGUGAGAAAUAUUCAGCAAAAUUGGAACCAACAUCUUGCCGCAACAAAAGGGUCAAAAAUGGGAUAUCAUCACCAAAAAUGUGACUUCCACCCCACUCACCUGGUCUAUAAAAGGGUCUUCAAAAUGACACAGUCGAUAGUCGGUGGCUGCUCCUCAUCAUGCGUGAGAUUGUGCACCUUCAGGCUGGGCAGUGCGGGAACCAGAUCGGAGCCAAGUUCUGGGAGGUGAUUUCUGAUGAGCACGGCAUCGACCCAACCGGCACCUACGUGGGUGACUCAAAAUUACAACUAGAACGAAUCUCUGUCUAUUACAACCAAGCUACAGGUGGCAAAUAUGUACCCCGAGCUGUACUGGUCGACCUGGAGCCAGGCACCAUGGACUCUGUCCGCUCUGGUCCAUUUGGACAGAUCUUCAGACCAGACAACUUUGUCUUCGGACAGAGUGGAGCUGGAAACAACUGGGCCAAGGGUCACUACACCGAGGGGGCUGAGCUGGUCGACUCGGUUCUGGAUGUUGUCCGCAAAGAGGCCGAAGGCUGUGACUGCCUACAGGGAUUCCAACUGACACACUCCCUUGGUGGUGGCACUGGCUCAGGAAUGGGAACACUUCUCAUCAGCAAGAUCCGUGAGGAGUAUCCAGACCGCAUCAUGAAUACCUUCAGUGUCGUACCUUCUCCUAAGGUAUCCGACACUGUGGUUGAGCCCUACAAUGCCACUUUGUCUGUCCACCAGCUGGUAGAGAACACAGAUGAGACCUACUGCAUCGACAACGAAGCUCUGUAUGACAUCUGUUUCCGCACCUUGAAGUUGACCACCCCAACAUAUGGCGAUCUCAACCAUCUUGUGUCUGCUACCAUGAGUGGUGUUACCACCUGCCUGAGGUUUCCUGGUCAACUCAAUGCUGAUCUUCGCAAGCUGGCAGUCAACAUGGUACCUUUCCCACGUCUCCACUUCUUCAUGCCUGGCUUUGCUCCCCUAACCAGCAGAGGCAGCCAGCAGUAUCGUGCCCUGACCGUUUCAGAACUGACCCAGCAGAUGUUUGAUGCCAAGAACAUGAUGGCUGCUUGCGACCCUCGUCAUGGCCGCUACCUGACAGUUGCUGCCGUCUUUCGUGGUAUUAUGUCCAUGAAGGAAGUCGAUGAGCAGAUGCUGAACGUGCAGAACAAGAACAGCAGCUACUUCGUGGAAUGGAUCCCCAACAACGUCAAGACCGCUGUCUGCGACAUCCCGCCACGAGGCCUCAAGAUGUCUGCCACCUUCAUCGGCAACAGCACCGCCAUCCAGGAGCUGUUUAAGCGCAUCUCUGAGCAGUUCACCGCUAUGUUCAGGCGCAAGGCUUUCUUGCAUUGGUACACAGGUGAGGGUAUGGAUGAGAUGGAGUUCACUGAGGCUGAGAGCAACAUGAACGACUUGGUGUCUGAAUACCAGCAGUAUCAAGAAGCAACAGCUGAUGAUGAUGACGGGGAUUACGAAGAUGAAGAAGAAGAAGAGGAAGAUGAGAAUGAAGAUUUGGCUUAAGCGCUUCUUGAUGCCAUCAUCCAGUUAUGGAUCAGUAAUCCACAUAUCAAGAAAUGCCAUCAUCCAGUUAUGGAUCAGUAAUCCACAUAUCAAGAAAUAUGGACUCUAUUGGUUCUAUAAACAUAAAUUCUGCAAACUUAUUAGACCUCUUAAAUGUAUUUGUUUGCUCUUCAUUCCGCUGUUACAUUAAGAAGUGUGUAAUACCGCUAUUACUUAUCACUAAAAAUGAAGCUACAAAUCUAUUAGAUGCCAGAGCAGUACCCUUGCCAUUUAACCCCAAAAUGUAUGAUGCAUGUGCAAUGCAAAUUUUCUCUUUGAAAGCAAUUUGUGAGAGCAGUUGGUUUUGAGUAAGGUGUGCCCAAAGCAGUGGUGUAUCCAGCUUUUGAUGUCAAGGGGGGG